GGAGGGUAAAGGGGACUGUGGGGUUGCCCUUUGCAUGACCAAGCAUCACAUAACACCCACUCCCUCCCCACACACAAAGGAAGAAGAAGACAGGCACAGGGAGCCAGGGGGUGAUAGGUAGAAGAGGCCGGCUGUGGAACUCUGAGCUGGCUGGGUGGUGUUAGCAUAGAGCUUGCCGCCUGUGUGAGUGUGAGGGGGAGAGCGACAGAGCAAGGGAGGGAGAGAGAGGCAGGCUGCGAGAGGAGAGGAGAGGCGAGGAGAGGGGGAGCGAGCGCUCCAGCUAGCAUGAGGACGGGCUUCUCUUUCCGUGCUCAGUUAAUCUGGCUGUCAGUUGGUGUUAACGCUGCCGUUUAAGUGCUCCGAUUCCAAAGGAAACAGACAAACCUUGCAGAAGGAAGGAAGCAAGCAAGGAAAGAAGGAACUGCAGGAGGAAAAGAAUAGGCAGAACAGCGAGAGGAAUAAAGGGAAGGGGGGGAAACACCAAAUCUAUGAUUGGACCUGGGCUUCUUUCUCGCCAAUGCAAAAAGGAAUAUGCAGCACAUUUUUGCCUUCUUCUGCACCGGUUUCCUAGGCGCGGUAGUAGGUGCCAAUUUCCCCAACAAUAUCCAGAUCGGGGGAUUAUUUCCAAACCAGCAGUCACAAGAACAUGCCGCAUUUAGAUUUGCUUUGUCACAACUCACUGAGCCCCCAAAGCUGCUCCCCCAGAUUGAUAUUGUGAACAUCAGUGACAGCUUUGAGAUGACCUAUAGAUUCUGUUCCCAGUUCUCUAAAGGAGUCUAUGCCAUCUUUGGGUUUUAUGAACGAAGGACUGUCAACAUGCUGACCUCCUUCUGUGGAGCCCUCCAUGUCUGCUUCAUCACACCAAGUUUUCCUGUUGACACAUCCAAUCAGUUUGUCCUUCAGCUGCGCCCUGAACUACAGGAUGCCCUCAUCAGCAUCAUUGACCAUUACAAGUGGCAGAAAUUUGUCUACAUUUAUGACGCAGACCGGGGCUUAUCCGUCCUGCAGAAAGUCUUGGACACAGCGGCUGAGAAGAACUGGCAGGUGACAGCAGUCAACAUUCUGACAACCACAGAGGAGGGAUACCGGAUGCUCUUCCAGGACUUGGAGAAGAAAAAGGAGAGACUGGUGGUGGUGGAUUGUGAAUCAGAACGCCUCAAUGCUAUCUUGGGACAGAUUGUAAAACUGGAGAAGAAUGGCAUUGGCUACCACUACAUCCUUGCAAAUCUGGGCUUCAUGGACAUCGACUUAAACAAAUUCAAGGAGAGUGGAGCAAAUGUGACAGGUUUCCAGUUGGUAAACUACACAGACACCAUCCCGGCCAAGAUCAUGCAGCAGUGGAAGAACAGUGACGCGCGAGACCACACCCGGGUGGACUGGAAAAGACCUAAGUAUACCUCUGCGCUCACCUACGACGGGGUAAAGGUGAUGGCCGAGGCUUUCCAGAGCCUGCGGAGGCAGAGGAUUGACAUAUCCCGCCGCGGCAAUGCUGGGGACUGUCUGGCCAAUCCAGCUGUGCCCUGGGGGCAAGGGAUUGACAUCCAGAGAGCUCUGCAGCAGGUGCGAUUUGAGGGUUUGACAGGAAACGUGCAGUUUAAUGAGAAAGGACGCCGGACCAACUACACGCUCCAUGUGAUUGAAAUGAAACAUGAUGGCAUCCGAAAGAUCGGUUACUGGAAUGAAGAUGAUAAGUUUGUCCCUGCAGCCACCGAUGCUCAAGCUGGGGGGGAUAAUUCAAGUGUUCAGAACAGAACAUACAUCGUCACGACAAUCCUAGAAGAUCCUUAUGUGAUGCUCAAGAAGAAUGCCAACCAGUUUGAGGGCAAUGACCGCUACGAGGGCUACUGUGUAGAGUUGGCAGCAGAGAUUGCCAAGCAUGUGGGCUACUCCUACCGUCUUGAGAUCGUCAGUGAUGGAAAAUAUGGAGCCCGAGACCCUGACACAAAAGCCUGGAAUGGCAUGGUGGGAGAGCUGGUGUAUGGAAGAGCAGAUGUGGCUGUGGCCCCCUUAACUAUCACCUUGGUCCGGGAAGAGGUUAUAGACUUCUCCAAACCAUUCAUGAGUUUGGGGAUUUCCAUCAUGAUAAAGAAGCCACAGAAGUCCAAGCCAGGAGUCUUCUCCUUCCUUGAUCCUUUGGCUUAUGAGAUUUGGAUGUGUAUUGUUUUUGCCUACAUUGGAGUGAGCGUUGUCCUCUUCUUGGUCAGUCGCUUCAGCCCCUACGAAUGGCACAGUGAAGAGUUUGAGGAAGGACGGGACCAGACAACCAGUGACCAAUCCAAUGAGUUUGGGAUAUUCAAUAGCUUGUGGUUCUCCCUGGGAGCCUUCAUGCAACAAGGAUGUGACAUUUCCCCCAGGUCCCUGUCUGGUCGCAUCGUCGGUGGCGUCUGGUGGUUCUUCACCUUAAUUAUCAUCUCCUCAUACACAGCCAACCUGGCCGCUUUCCUGACUGUCGAGAGGAUGGUGUCUCCCAUUGAGAGUGCAGAAGACCUAGCAAAGCAGACAGAAAUCGCUUAUGGGACGCUGGAAGCAGGAUCUACUAAGGAGUUCUUCAGGAGGUCUAAAAUUGCUGUGUUCGAGAAGAUGUGGACAUACAUGAAGUCAGCAGAACCAUCCGUUUUUGUGCGAACCACAGAGGAAGGGAUGAUCCGAGUGAGGAAAUCCAAGGGCAAAUAUGCAUACCUCCUGGAGUCUACCAUGAAUGAGUACAUCGAGCAGCGGAAACCCUGUGACACCAUGAAGGUGGGAGGUAACUUGGAUUCCAAAGGCUAUGGCAUUGCGACACCAAAGGGGUCCGCCCUGAGGUAA